AUGUGGAAUCCAAACGCCAUGGACAACAGGCAGAUGGAGAAGAGGGUCGUUAUAGGCAGAGUGAGACCCACGUGGGCGCGAAACUUACCAGAGGCGAGAGAAGAAGACGAUAAGAGCGACCAAGAAGUCGGCGUGAUGCCCCACAGCGAGCCACCGUCGCCCACCGAGACCUGGGAGCAGACCAAGCAAGAGGACAAGUACGAUGUGUUUGGGAAGGUGAUGCUUCUUGGUGACAGCGGUGUCGGGAAGACCUGCAUGUUGGUCCGAUUCCGCGACGGCACUUUCCUCGCCGGAAACUACAUUUCUACAGUCGGGAUAGACUUCCGGAACAAGGUAGUUACUGUGGAUGGCGUCAAGGUAAAGCUUCAAAUUUGGGACACAGCCGGUCAAGAGCGCUUCCGCAGCGUCACACAUGCUUACUACAGGGAUGCGCAUGCGCUUCUACUUCUAUACGACGUGACCAACAAGACUAGUUUCGACAACAUUCGCGCCUGGCUGGGCGAGAUACGGGAGUACGCACAGGACGAUGUCGUGAUAAUGCUACUGGGGAACAAAUCCGACAGCGGCCUAGAGAGGGCAGUGCGCCGCGAGGAGGGCCAGCGCUUGGCGAGGGAAUAUCAAGUGGCGUUUAUGGAGACCUCUGCGAAAACCGGACUGAACGUGGAAGCGGCCUUUGCCCAUGUGGCGCGCGCCCUAGUCGCGAAAGCGAACCCCGUCGACCCGUCGAGGCUGGCCGUGCGCGCGCAGCCGUCACAAGAGCACAGGUCCUCGUGCCCCUCGUGCACACUGUGCUUGUCAUCUCGAGGCGAAUUACUGCCGAUAUUUCCUACCACCAGUUCGGAUGACUCGGAACCUCCUGUCUUCGCAUCAAAAAUUAAGGAUUGUGUGUCUGUAGAGAUAAACGAAGAUGACGACCUGCCAACUAAUGUUUGCAGAAAAUGCAUGGACAAUGUUAAUAAUUGGCACAUAUUUAAGGCUGUAUGUGAAAGGGCACAAAACAAACUUCAUACUCUGAUUAAAAAUGAUGGCAGCCAACUAGAAGAGGUGCAAAUUAAAAAUGAACCUUUGUCUGAUGAAGCUUAUGAUGAUGGAGUUGUUAUUGAUGCUACAUAUCCUGACCUUGAGAAUGCAUCAACAUCCAGUAAGGUGUUACCUGAAGGUCCACCAAUAUUGGCUUCAUUGGGUCUUACACCACGCAGUGAUAAGGGCAUGGAGAGUGAAAAGGACGAAGAUGAAGAGUACGAAGAAGUGAUGAACAACUCCAAUCAGCGUUUCGUGAAUGUGCCAAAUAUGCCGGAAGUGUCCAUUACCGUAAUGCGCCCAUCCGGGAUAAAUGCAAAGCUCAUUCAUCAGAAAUCAGUGCCCCCACCAAAACCCAUACCAAUUAAAACAAUAAAGGCCUCGCAAAAUAAUUUGCCAUAUCCGCUCAGAAUAAAAGCGCUUAAGGACUUGCAAAUAAAGAAAAAAGAACCUCAAAUACUUAAAACUCUACUGACAACGAAACCCGAGGUUUUGGUCUCGGAACCGGAAAUUAUUAAUUCAGCCCCAGAAAGUCCGGAAACAUUGAUUUCAGAACCGGAAAUAGCUUCGUUUCAAGUAGAGGCUAUUCUUUCAGAGCCGGAUUAUAAUCCGCAACAAGAUGAUGAAGAUGGGGAUGCUGACAUGCAGAAUAAUCAAAGCCAGAAUUAUGACACUGUUGAUAUGGAUUCUGAAAAUGAAAUCGAAAUCGCUAGACAGAAAGAAGAUGCUGCCGAAGGGGAAGGUGAUGAUCAGCAAGGUGAUAAUGAUAUAGAUGAUGGUAAUGAAAUUGAAAAUAUGGACAAUGGUGAUGAAAAUCAUGUAGAAAGAAAUCAAAGUGACAAUGAUAACGAUCAAAUAGAUGAAGUUGCCGAUAGUCAAGACGAGUUACAAAUUAUUAACGAUGUUGAAGGUAGAGACGAAGACGAUGCGAAAGAAGGUGAAGAGAUCAACGAUGAAAGAGACGACGAACAGGCUGAGUACAAUCAUGAAGAAAAUGAGAAUGAUGACGAUGACGACGAACUACCGCCUAUGAGUAUAGCUCCAGUUGUUGAAAUCAAUGAAGACAUGCAAACAAAUUCAUAUAACAGCGAAAUAAACGAGGAAGAAGAGCUUGACGAAACUGUAGAUCCAAACGAUACAGUAGACGAUGUUAAAGAGCUUGAUCCCGAUAAGUUGUAUGUGACGAAGACGCAGAGAGAUUUUAUUCUUAAGUAUCGUGACAUAAUCGAACAGAUCAAUACUAAAAGGUGUCUCUGUUGCGACAGAGAACAUCCGCGCCGAAAAGCCGUCAUACAACAUUUACAGAAAAAUGGCCACAAGGUACCUAAACAUACGUGCUACAAUUGCGUUGUUACGUUUGGACACAUAGGCGCACUACUGAGUCACAUGCGUUCCAACACGUGUACAGACUUGUGGAAAAUUAUUUACAACGAAAACGGAAUCACCGAUGACCUAGUCUUAGAAGACGAGCCUAAAGAUACCAAAGUCCAGUACAAAGAUAUAUUUAACGCCAGGUCAUAUGCGUGCAAAUUGUGCCCGGCCAAAUUCCAACUGAAACAAUUCAUCAUGAAACACGUUUUGGACGUGCACGAGGAUGGCCAAUCGCGUGUGCAGCUCGCGUGCGUCCAUUGCGGCUCUAGGUUCAAAGAUAAGGCGAUAUGGAAGAAACACAUUCGGAAUGGUGAGUGCACAGUUUAUAUCGCAUGCGACUUGUGCUCGGAAAGAUUCGGCAACAUGCAGGACUUCAACGACCACGCACUGGCCGUGCACGCCGGUAGCUUCGACCAAUCUGAUAAUCAGAACAAGUGCGUCGACGGACGCCCGACCGAUUGUCCGAUAUGCGGAAAAAAGAACAGCAGCUACCCCAAUUUGGUUAAGCAUCUAAAGAUUAUACACAGUGAAGAAAAGCCGCACUACUGCCAGCAUUGCGACUCGAAAUUCGAACAGGCCGCCGACCUCAACAAGCACAUUUAUAUGGAGCACUCUGAUAGGACUCUCGGAAUGCAAAGCAUCGAGCCCGACAUGUCGCUCGUCAAAGAGGAAGCGGAGGAAUAUCACUAUUCGUGCACGGAAUGCAACGCCAUAUUCGAAACCGUCGACGCUUGGACGGAUCAUCAGGUGGCUGAGCACAAUCAGGUCGCCCACCAUUGUGACCAAUGCGACAAGAAGUUCCUUAGGCCGUCGGAGCUCGCCGAGCACAAGAACACUCAUCUAAGGGUCAAAUUCUAUCCGUGCAGCAUUUGCACAAACUCUUACAGCACACCGCAGAAGCUUUCGGAACACGUACAGCAAGCGCACCCCGGCGCUGGGGCGUACGCACCCAUGGACUCUGAAUUUUUCUGCGAUAUUUGCAUCAGAUCGUUCAAGAGCCGUCAGGCCUAUUCGAACCACAUGCGCAUCCACGCCAAGGUUCCAACCACCAAUAGGAAACCUGGGGACCCGAAAGGGUUCGCCCCGCAAAUCGUCGGGAAGCCGAUUAGAUCGUUCUCGAUGGUGCAACCCAGUUUUCUUACGUUCAAGCCCAACUGUAACGUGCCCAAUGCACCGUACUCGUGUGAUAUAUGCGGAAAGGGAUUCAUGCACAAAAAAAAUAUUUGGAAGCACAAGAAAGUACUGCACGCAGAUCUGGUAGGUGACAGGAACGAUAGCGAAGAGAACACCAUGCAGGCAUCCACCGAGGAGGAUGAGUAUAAUUAUUUAGAUGAAAACGGCGCUAUACUGUCGACGCCGCAAUUUAAUAGUUUCAAUUUCACGAACCUUACAAAUAGCUUACAACAACAGACCUCUCAGGAGGCAAUGCCAUAUUCUUGCGAAUUGUGCUUCAAACGUUUCCCACUUAGAACCAGUCUAUGGAAGCAUAAAAGGGCCAAACACGGAAUUAUCAACGCUAGUGCCAGCGGAAGCGCAGACUCUCCAAUAAUGGCUAGUGAAAGUGGCCGUUCAAGUUGUACCAUUUGCAAAAUUACUUUUACUGAUAAAAAGUCUUACUACCGCCAUAGGAAAAACGUUCACAAGUCCUCCUCGCAGAUGUGUAAGAUUUGCGGGAAGCCUUUGAGUUCGACGUUGGAACUGUAUGAGCAUCUAAAAGCCGCACACGCGAGAGAGUUAUUGGGAUACAAUGAGAAUCAAGGUGCCAGUAAACCGGAGAUCGUCCAAGAUCUGGAAGUGGAAUACGAAGGUGAUCAGGAUUCGGUAGAUCCCUCUGCCGAAUAUCAGGCUAGAUAUCCAUGUGACACUUGUGGCAAACAAUUCGUCGGCCUACUCGCAUUACAAAAUCAUCAAUGCAUCAACCAAAUACAGUCAUCGCCGCAAACCUUCGACUGCGAGAUCUGCCACAAGAGUUACACAUCGAUAUCCGCACUCAAGAGCCACCGCGGCUGGCACCUGCGCUCGCCCGACGGCAAAGCGGCCGCCAAUAACACUGGCCUGUGGAUGCCUCAGCACAAAGUCACCAGCAAAGUGAGCAAGCACGAGGUCGUUGACCCGUCGCAGCUGGCGCGGGUGACCCACUCGACGCCGGCGAGCGUCGCCAAGAGAAGGCUACCGCCGGAGGUGGAGGUGACCGUCGUGAAUCCCAACAAGAAGAUGCGCUCCGACGACUCGGUGGAGCUGGAGCAGCAGACCAACUCGAUGACGGGCACGGAGGACAGGUACUGCACGAUAUGCGACAAGGAGUUCACCAAGCGGGCGGCGUACCAGCGGCACAUGGACGAGGUGCACCAGCCGAACUCCGUGUUCUGUCCCGUCUGCGAGAAGAGUUUCACGCGCAAGUCCACGCUGAUCGUGCACAUGAAGAAGCACUACGAGAGCGGCGAGGGCAGCUCCGCGGCGGCGGACCAGAUCGACGACGAGGGGCACGCGUGCGACGUGUGCGGCGCCCAGUACGAGACCGAGAGCGCACUAAGGGCGCACCGGGCGCGGCACCACGGCGACGAUUCCGCGGAAUCCGAGGAGGACGACGGCACCAGCGUGCCGCCGCCGGGCGAGUUCACGUGCGGCCAGUGCGGCGACGGGGUUGCCACGCCCCGCGACCUGAUCGCCCACCGCGCCAUGCACGCCACGCCCACCAAGUUCUUCUGCAACAUCUGCAAGGUGUACUUCUCGCGCGCCCUCGACCUGUCCUCGCACACGCGCGCCCGCCACGCGGACAACGAGAAGGUGUUCUUCCCGUGCGCGAUGUGCGACCGCUUCUACAUGAACAAGAAGAGUUUGCAGCGGCACAUCGAGAUGGCCCAC